CGGUUGGAUCGCCUGUUUCCUAUCCUGCGAAAAAGCCGCUUUCUGUUUCGCCAUCCGACCGAGUGACUGAGACAUGGUUGUGGCCUGUUGCUUUCUGCUCAGAGGAUGGCAGGGGCAGAAAGAGAAAUCCUAGACUCCCAAGUGAUGGUUCAGCAUCCAAAGACAUCUGGGGCCGAGCAAUCAGGACAUGCUGCAUUCAUCCCGAAGUGCAUUACAGAUAAAAAAUACCCCCUGGUGAUCACCCUCCUGGUCACUAUUCUGCUCAUUGUCAUCAUUGCUUUGGCUGCUCGAAAAACACAGCCUUGUUCACCAUGUCCUCCUCUUGCUGACGCUGCCUGCCCAGACCGCUGGAUUGGGUACCAUGGAAAAUGCUACUAUAAAUCUGAAACUGAAGGGGAUUGGAACAUCAGUGAAACAAUAUGUUCCUCAUAUGGUGCUACCUUGGCAUUGAUUGAUACACCAUGGGUCCUGAGUUAUUUAGUGAACAUGACUCGCCCUGUUCAUCAUUGGAUUGGCCUCUCGAAACAUACAGGUCAGGUAUGGAAAUGGCAGAAUGGCACAGAGUUUAAAAACCAGUUUCUUGUGCGAGGAGACAACAUGUGUGCCUAUCUAGACAACACUGGGGUGAGUAGCACCAGGUGCUCCCAAGAGAAAAAUUUCCUCUGCAGUCAGCCAGAUGCCUGCUCCCGGAAGAGAAAACCAAACCUUGCCAGAAGGGAGAUGUGACCUACAGGGGUGGAAGAGGACUAAAGCCAUCUCUUGACCAAAGCAGGUGUCACUAGUGGAACCAACUACUCUUCUUGGCUAGCACAGGUUCUCGGUCCAUUGUUAACAUUAUUGUACCCCUUGUCAUCUAGCCUUUGUCUAUGACAGACAUAAGAAUGGGGUUGAGUACAAAACUGAGAUAUGAGCCAGGAAGCCCCUGGAGUUGAAUCUCCCCUCUGCAAUGAACCUACUAAGCAGCCUUACCGAGCUACUGUCCCAUAACCUCGGUUUCUCUCCACGUGCGCACAUAUGCGCACAUGCAUACUCAACAUACAGGAAUAAUAAUCCUAGGGAUUGCGAGAUAAUGCACAUGAAGCCCUUUGACUGUUAGCUGGUACCAGCUGUAGAGAUUAUGAUGCGUGCAUCAUGGAGUACAAGCCAAUGAGAGUUAGGUGUGUUUGCAUCCAAGUUUGAAGUGAUUAGCAUACCAGUGUCUAGUAUACCCAUUCCUAGCAUACCAGCGCCUCCACACAAAUCAAGUUCUCUGGAAAGGGGAAAGGAAAAAGAGAGGACAAGGUUACAACCCCAAGAUUUAUCCCCGUCAUUCCUUCAGGAGAUGAGACAGUUGCAGCUUCUUCCUCCUGCUCUUCUCCUAGGUCUAGUUGUGACCCCCGCCCCGCCCCCCGGCCUUCACAAGCAGUAUGGCACCUACUUGGACACCUGUUUGUCACAGUAGGCUGGGGAUGAGGUGAGAGGAAUAGCACAUAUCCAAGCAAGGUUGGGGCAAGCCGUGGUUGCUUCAUAGCUUGAUAUUUCACGAUAUUUAAGGGUCCAACAGAGAUCUUCUGAGUUGUUGUCUUCAGGUUUGUCAAGAAGUAGAGGCACUUGCCUGGAGAAUCCAUGCGUAUUUCUCCAGUACUAGAAGAGAACAGGCCUGAAAGGAAAUACUUAAAGAAAUGAAGAGCUGAGUGUAGAGUAGGGAAUGGGAGAGGGUGGGAUUUAAUUCCUUUCACUGUUCAGUCAUGUGUCCUCCUCACCUCCCUCACACCCACACACAAGGAAAUCCCAUAUCACCCAGAGCUGGAGGUGAGGACAACAAGAAAACAGAAAACACCCUCCAGCAACAGGAAACGGAGAGCGUGCAAACGCCGCCGCCCCCCCAAGUUCCCUGACACUCCUUCUGUCAUUUCCAUUAGGCAAAUAUCGGGUGGCAGCAAUUCACUCUUAUUCCAGGUCACAGCCGGCAAAUCAGUGCCGAUGAGUUCA